AUGUCCUCGGACCUUGCUAUCAGAACUCCAAUUAAAACCGAUAAUGGAUAUAGAACCGCCAAGGUGAAGUCAUUGGAAGCCAAAAUCAUUUUAACUCACCCAGGCACUCAUAGUUACGAGGUACAUAAAUCAGUAUUCCAAAUCACAAAUCAACGUAACGGUGAUGGAAGUCAUAUCGCACGCAAUUAUGGGAGACGAGUGUUACCCCCACCUAGAAAGAGAUCGACCGCUGUUCAUAUGAUAACCGCUCCACCAACACGUAAAGAGUUCGUAGCUUCCGAUUUCGAACAAUAUACGUUUAACGAUACGUAA